AUGUCCGCCAGCGUCGUGCGGUCUACCGCCCUGCGAGCCGGCGGCGCCUGCGUGCGCUGCCGCAAGGGCAAGACCAAGUGCGUCUACGAAAACGGUCGCGCUCCUUGCAAGAACUGUGCCAAGGGCAUGCACGAAUGCUAUCUGCCCUCCGAGUCCAUGGCCCAUCAUCACGGCCAGUCACCCGCCCGUCACACCGCCGCCCAUCGCCCAGCGCGCGAGAGCCUGCCUGCCUCGGUCCCGGCCGGCGAUGUUCGUGCCGCCAACCCGGCCUCUACCGCGUCUCGUCACGUCCAGACACCCGAGAAACUGACUCCGGAGCUCAUCCAAGAAUGCGAACGCGUCAUUUCCAAGACGUACCCGGCCUGUGUUGCCUUCCACAAGCCGUCAUUCAUUCAGCAACUCAAGAACGCCUCUCUUGACCCGGCCCUCAUUUACGCUCUGCUCACAUGCGCUGCUCGGAGCUCCCCCACUCUCAUUAGGCGCUAUGGCGGACAAUCCGGCGCGACCGGAGCCGCCGAGCACUUCGCCGCCAAGGCCAUGGGCAUCAUCAAUCAGAACCUCGACACCCCCAGCCUGGCGGAGAUUCAGGCCAUCUGCUUGAUCAUCAUCCAUGAGUGGGGCUCCCGCAAUGCUGUUCGUGCUUACAUCUACCUGGGCCAGGCUAGCCGCAUGGUCCAGAUGUACCGCAUCCUCCACAGCCACCAUGCCGCUGUCAGCGAUGCCGACCGCUUUUUGCAGGAUGAGUCGUUCCGCCGUGUGCUCUGGCUGCUGUACAUCCUCGACUGCCUGCUCACCAGCACACCGGGCCGACAGCCGGCACUGUCCGUUAACGACACUUCCGAUGUUUCUCUGCCUUGCUCCGACAUGAACUUUGCCUUUGGCAAUGCCGUCUUUGUCCAAACCAUCAACCUGUCGGACCCCAGUCGCCUGCCCACCGGCACACGCACCGAUGAGGUGGGCGAGUUCGGCCAGAUCGUCCUGGCCACACGCAUAUGGCGCGAUGUGGUCCAGAUGCUGAUGACCACGACGACCGAGACGUUCAACGACAAUGUCUGCUCCGGUCUCAUGGCGGAGAUUGAGCGUCUGCGUGCCUCUCUUUCGAUGCAAUACGUCGACAAGCCUGGUCAGAUCAACCUGCACAUCACCAUGGGCUCCGGCUUCACCUACGCCAUGCUUCACUGCAUGCUUCAUUGCGCAUCUAUCUUCAUCAACCGCCGCCGACUCUUGCAAUAUGUCACGGCUCCUGGUUUCAACCUCGAGAGCUGGCGCCUGACGCCCCAGUGCCACGAGAUCAUUGACAGACUCUUCACCUCGUGUCACAGCACCAUUGCCAUGCUGACGGCGCUUGAGGCCGGAUUCGACAAGGAGGGCAUCAUCUGCUUCCCCAUCUUCAUGCUCUUCUCUUCCUUCACGGCCAGUGCCACGGUCGCCUACCUGUCUCUCAAGGGCCUCACCCCUCCCAACGCCGUUGAGACGGCCGGCCAUAUUGUGCGCGACGGCCUCCACUUCAUGCAGGACGGAGUCGACACCUGGCCUCUGAUCAGCUCGUGGCUUCGCCAUCUUGCCGUCAUGCACAGAGUGCUGGGCAAUGAUGCGGGUGCCGCGAGCCCCAGCGUGGGCGGCACCUCGGUUCCUCCCACAGCGGUGCCCGCCGACCAGGCUUCCGUUAAGGACGAGGCCGCGUCCAACCCCGACACCAACCCGGACGCCAUGGACUACGACCAGUCUUCCAACGCCGCGGCGCCCCAGGCCCCGCUCAACAACCACACUGCCUCCGUCAGCGAAAGUGGACGUGACAGCGGACGCGACAGCGAGCCGCCCGCCCCUCCCCCCCGCCGCUCCGGCGUUACGACCAUUAACGGGGGCUCCGGCGGAGUCGGCACUCCCGCUUCGGCAAGCCCUCCUCCCCCUCAGCAGCAGGCCGAGAUCAAGCAGUCCACCGAGAUGCUGCCGCAGCCGCCCAUUGGCAACGGCGUUCAGUCUUCGGAGCCGGCUGCUUCUGUGCCCCAAGACAUGACGGCCAGUGAGCUGUGCUCCGCGUUUGAGCGACAGCUUCUCGAGCUGGACGACCUUGCCGCCUUCAUGGGCGGUGGCGUUUGA